AUGGCUGUUCCUAAAAGUGCCGUUGCUUCAUCCACCGGUGGUAAAGUUGGCACUGAUACCACACCAGCCGCUAUUGGCCGUUCUCUUAAAGAUAAUAGUAUUCCAGUUAGUGCACCAGUAGCACCGCUGUCAAAGAGAAUCACUAAUGGACCAGCGAAAUCCAAACGGUCAAAUAAUGGACAGCCCAAAACAAGACCGUUUGUAGCAAAGCUAUGGAGUAUGGUCAACGAUGAGGGCAACUCGGAGUAUAUUCAUUGGAUGCCUGAUGGAAAGAGUUUCCAAGUAGUAGGUCGUGAACUGUUUGAAAAGACGGUUUUGCCCAAAUACUUUAAACACUCUAAUUUCUCGUCAUUUGUGCGACAAUUAAACAUGUACGGAUGGCACAAAGUGCAAGACGUUACGUCAGGAGCCAUGCAAACCAACGAAGAAAAGUGGCAGUUCCAAUCGCCCAAUUUCAUUCGUGACCGAGAAGAUCUUCUUGAUAAUAUUGUCCGUAAUAGAGGAUCCAAGGGAAGUGACGAUGAAGAAGAAGUGGAUCUAAACCGCAUUUUCGAAGAGUUGAAUGUCAUCAAAGAGAACCAGGUAUCCAUCAGCCAGGAUUUGUACCGUAUUCGUAAAGACAAUGAACUGCUAUGGACUGAAAACUAUCAGAACCAAGAACGACACAAGAAACACGCCGAGACUUUAGACCGGAUUCUGCGGUUUCUAGCGUCCAUCUACGGUAAUCAGGGAAAAUUACUGGCUGAUAUCAUGAGUCCUAUUAAACAAGGUCAAAGACUGCUGAUGCCAUCUGGAGGUAUGAACCUGUCGUCAUCAAUUGAACCUAUCACCGAAAUCGAUGCUUCGUCCGCUGGGUCCGGUGCUAAAACUUCCGACACUCCUGGCUCAGUAUUAUCCCACGACAGACUCAUGUCCAUCAGUUCUAAUUCGGCUGAUCCUAUUACUGAAAUUAUCGGGUCUCCUGACAGUGUUGCUGGUAAUAAUAACAACAGCAACAAUAAUAACACCAAUUCUGGAAGUCAAGUUCCUACACCACAAUCACAUACAGCUGCCACUUCUACACCCAACACCACAAGCAAUCUUGCACCAUUAGACCCUAACAGCCUAGCACUGACACCGUAUGACAACCUUCUCACUGGAACAAACCCAGCGUUACCACCAUCUACACUUGGUACCACUGGUAACAACCCCAGCAACAUCACAUCAUCAUCCAAUACCCAAACACCCGGGGUUUUCCAAGCACCACUACCACCUCCACCACCACGUCCAGUGUUUCCCGAGCUUACCAUGUACAAUGAUCCUAACAGUCUGAAUGCCAACAUUGUCAGUUUGGACGACGACGAUGCGAAUGCCGCUCAUGCCAGUGCAUUUGCACCUGAACCUGCUCUCUCGGACGACCAACUGAUCAAAUCAACUCGCGACAUUGAAGAGAUAGCCCGUCACAUCGAGUCUCAAGGCGACUCCAUUCAAAACCUGCAAGAGUUACUCCACCGGAUCAAUCCCAACUACGUCAAAGAGGAGAGUCUGACGCCCGAAGACCUCGCUCCUGUCACCGACAAGUUCGCUGACCAGACAACCCCGGGUCUGGACCCCAACUUCGACGAAUUUCUCGUCGAUGCCUCGGGCACCCCCAAUUUCGACAUGACCAACCCCGUCGACGGCGACUUCCACAUCGGUUCACCCAUCCCAUUCGACGUGGCCCCGAGCCCCGCUCCCCCCAACGGCCCCUCCAAAAAGCGCCGCAAGGUCAGCGGCAAGUCCGUCUCCUAA